CGUACAGUUUGUGACAUCGGUGCAUCGAAAUCUCAAUUAGGAAAGGACGAAAUAAAGUGACUGUCAAGUGAUUUUCUAGAAAUAUAUUCGGUUAUACAGGAAUGAAAAUAGUUAAAUCUUAACAGCCAUGCCGGUAUUUACAAGGAAAAUAAAGUCAACAUUUUUAGUUGCUUUGUACUUUCUAGUUUACGUAUCAUCUGCUCAAGCCAUCUACAGUCCUUUUAAAGAGACCGAGAUAAGGAAUGAGGCCAUCUUAAAUUCUUCUUAUGAUCCCGUAUCUCGACCGGACUCUCAAACAAAUGUCAAGAUCGGAUUGAGUAUUCUUGCAAUGGACGAACUGGAUUUGAAAGGUCAAAAACUUACAAUGGCUGGAUGGCUAACAUUUGAAUGGGAAGACCACAGGAUUCGUUGGAACAAGACAGAAAAAGAUGACAUUGAAGACAUUUUUUGCAAGCCUAAACAUAUCUGGAAACCGGAAUUGAUUGUUGAUAAUGCACUUGAAGACAUUGGACUCAUAAAGAAUGAUGACUUAGUGUUGAGGUUGAAAUAUACAGGGGAAGUUGAAUGGGAACCUCCUAUUCUUUUUGCAACACAUUGUAAGGUCGACAUAACGUACUACCCAUAUGACAAUCAGAAGUGUUCAGUCAGAAUUGUGAGUUGGACUUAUACAAUAGAAGAAGUAAAACUUGAAACCCGGUUCAACGAAAUUAACUUGGAAGAUUUCGAAGUACAUGGUGAGUGGGAUUUAACAGACACUCUGGUUGACGUCAAAAACUUAACCGAACAUCUCCCUGAUGGGACAAGAGAAUUAAGGACUCAGUUCUACAAUCUGAACGUAAUGAUGCCAAUCAUUCUGACGUCACUUAUGGUUGCCUUGGUUUUCAUAGUGCCUGUAGACUCCGGGGAGAAAGUCUCGUAUGUUCUCACGGUAUUUCUGUCUCUUGCCGUGCUCCUUACCAUAGUGACAGAUUCUCUGCCGCCCACUUCUAUAACCCUGUCUGUCUUGGGCCUAUAUCUUGGUAUUGUUCUGAUAUUCACUGCAAUCGGAAUCCUCCUUACUAUCCUCAUCUUAAUACUCUUCCAUAAAGAAGGUAGACCAAAACCGGGCUCUUUUGUCGAAACAUUGACCCACCAUGCCGCCAGAUUAAUCUGCUGUAACAUACCUGGACUUCAAGCAAAGUCAAGCAAAGAACAUACCGGAAACAAAGUAUCGCCUAUGACAGAGACUCUUGAAACGCAGAUUAUAGAGAACAGCGAUUUUGAAGAUGAACUUAACAAGGCAAAAGACGAGUUGGAUAGUCUUGCAGAAACUGAAGCCAUUUCUGGUAUAUCAUGGAAGGAUGUUGCAGAAGUUUUGGAUCGAUUUUGUUUCUUUUCUUUUGCGUUCAUCACAAUUGCUAUGAACGUUGCUUUUGUGGUAACUCUGGCAUAUGGAGGGCAAAUUACGGGUCAUGAUUAA